GAUGUGAAAAAGAAAACGCGUAAGAUCAAGAACAACUUAAAUCCUGAAUGGAAUGAGACUCUAGAAUUUGAUCUAAACGGUAAACCAUUGACUAGAAAUGAACAACUUGAAAUUCAGGUUAAAGAUUGGGAAAUGCUGCAGAGCAGCAGGUAUGUUGUUACAUUAACGGUUGAAUAUCAAGGUGCGCCUAAUGAUGAAAAUCAAUCUGCAUCUAAAGACGACUCUGGUGGUGGCGUUAUUACUGAUGAAAAUGAUCCUACAGUUGUACAAGAAGGCGAUGACAAGAAUGACAGUGAUGAAAACGAGAGCUCUGAAGCAGACGAAGAUCGUGCUGCCAAACCUUCUGUCGGUGCUAUUACCUACGGUGGUGGAAAGAAGAGACGUGUUCGAAGAUUAAGACGUUCUAAAUUGUCGAAUAAACCUCAAGAUUUUCAAGUACGUAUUAAGAUCAUCGAAGGUCGCCAAUUAUCAGGUUCUAAUAUCAGUCCAGUGGUGCGAAUCAGUGUUGCCAAUCAGUCCAGACAAACAAGAGUUAGAAAAGCAACUAACAAACCAUUUUAUGAUGAGAUGUUUUUCUUCAACUUUCAUAUGUCACCCCAAGAAUUGUUUGAUGAACUUAUUGUCUUUCAGGUAUUUAAUGCAAGAAAGCUGAGACAUAAUUCUCUCAUUGGAUCAUUUAAGAUCGAUAUAGGAAUGGUCUAUGAAGGAGAUCAGCAUGCAUUUUUAAAUAAAUGGAUAAUGUUAACAAAUCCUGAAGAUAUCGGUCAAGGAGUUAAAGGCUAUAUUAAAAUGUGUGUCAUCAUACUUGGUGCCGGUGAUGAAGCUCCGACCAUUCCGGAUUCACAUGUCGAAAAAGACGACAUUGAAGAAAACGUUUUGCAACCAGCUGGCAUUCAGUUACGACCAGCGACAUAUUCAUUGAAGGCGUAUCGAGCAGUAGAUAUUCCUAGAAUGGAUAAAGGUGUAUUUGAAGGGGUUAAGAAGUUUUUUGGUCAUGGCGAUGAUAGCAAGAGUUUGGUGGAUCCAUAUAUAUAUUUUUCAUAUGCUGGUCAUAAGGUAAAAUCAAAAACGAUUUGUAACUCUGAUAAUCCGGAGUGGAGACAGUACCUUAAUAUCGGAAGCAGGUUUCCUUCUAUGUGCGAGCGUUUACAAAUAUCCAUAUAUGAUUGGGAUCGCAUGAACAAAGAUGAUGUCAUUGGUACUUACUUUUUAAAUAUUGCAGAAAUAUCUUCAUCGUCAGAUAGCAAGGUUAUAAUCAUAAAAAUGACAACUUUUAUCGUUACAGGAUUUCCGCCCACUUUUGGCCCUAGCUUUGUCAAUUUUUACGGAUCACCUAGAGAAUAUUCAGAUCUCCCAGAUGAAUAUGAAGACCUAAAUCGAGGCAAAGGAGAAGGUGUUGCCUACAGAGGGCGAGCGUUAAUUGAACUGGUAACUAAUGUUGGUGAAAUGCCUGAAUACCCCGUCAAUAAUAUAGAGGAUCCUGAAGUUGAAAGAGCCAAGAUUUUCAUGCGUACUAGAAAAUAUUGUUUACAUGCUACUUUCAUGGAGGCCACAAUGAUAACCGUUGCUGACGCUCCCAUUGAAUUUGAGAUUAGUAUUGGGAAUUAUGGAAACAAACUAGAUGAUACAGUAGCUGCUGCGUCAUCAACAACACAGCCAACUAAUGCUGUAUACGAUGGUAAUCACUUUUAUUUCCUGCCCUGGUUUGAUAAUAAACCCUGUGUAGCAGUAAACGCUGAUUGGGAAGACAUAUCAUAUAGAAUUGAUAAUUACAACUGUCUUUGUAGAAUAUGCGAUCGCCUGGAAGAGAACAUAAAGGUGGUUAAAAAUAGUUAUCGAAGAGAUUUACCUACUGCAGAAAUUGCUGCUCAAUUAAUUGGUUUGAUAGACACUCUAAUUAUAGAUACUAAAAAAGACCUAGGCAGUUUCGAUAAGGCCAUUUGGACUGAGUUGGACGGCCAGUUACAUUCCAUGCGGUUAUCAGAAUUGGCUGGUAUCAGAGUUGAAGCUGAACGGCUACGUGAGAGCGCUACCGAUAUUAAGGAAGUAAUAACGGAAUGUGAAGGUUAUCUCCAGCGUUUAAGGGAUAUCGCCAUCGAGCCUCAAAAUAGUUUACCCGAUGUUAUUUUGUGGAUGCUGUGUGGAAACAAGCGUGUGGCUUAUUACAGAAUGCCAGCUUGCGACGUUCUCCAUUCGAUGAACGAAGAUCCAGAUGCUACAGGAAAAUAUUGUGGCAAAGUGCAAACGAUAGCGAUGAAAUAUCCUGGUAAAAAAUCACGUAGCAAGCGCCAUUGGGAUAUUCCUUGCUUUUUACGGUUACAAGUUUGGCUCGGGCUGGCUAAGAAUGAGUCAAUAUGGACUAAUAACAUUCAUAGUAGAGGUGAAAUAUCCAUUGUAGCUGAAACCUAUGAAAAUCAAAUGAACGUUGUCGGAAUGUGGACAUCAAAAGGAUUGCCCCGUCCCAAAUUCUCGGAUGCGCGCGGAACUGUAAGCCUGCAUAAAGACCAUUUCGUAGAACCGCAAGGAUGGAAAUUUGAAGGAGAUUGGUUUAUUAGCGUUGAAUCUAGCAUACAGUAUGAUCUAGAUUCCGGCCGUAAAGUGUUUUUGGAAGACGUAUUUGAGAAUGAAAGUAGGGUUAUCCCAGGUGGUCCAUGGCAAGCAGCAGGAGAUCCAUGGACCGAUGUGAAAGGAGAUCAUGCGACAGAUCGUGACGAAAUACCGUUACCAGAAGGAUGGGUAUGGGAGGCUGAAUGGCAAAUCGAUUUGAACAGAGCUGUGGACGAACAUGGAUGGGAAUACACAUUAAGUUCUGGAUAUAGCUCAGUAGAAAAAAAUUAUCAUCUCUAUAGGAGAAGACGCUGGGUUCGUCGGCGCAAACUAACAACUAGUUUGCUGAAACAUGGAACUGCAAAAAAAAAGCCGCCAAAAGAUGAUGAUGAUGUUUGGGAGUAUGCAAAGAUGUUCAUCACAAAAUUUCAUAGCAACAGAGCGAAAUCUGAUUUAGUUCGUAGACGAAGAUGGCAUAGAAAUCUCAAAGCAGUCAAGCCGAAUAAAUUGCCGAUAUUGUAUUUGGUGGUAUCUAAAUCAGAGAGUUUAUCCAUAAACGUACUUGUGACUCCUAACAUGUUCAAUUACCUUUUAUUCUUAGAGCCUAGAAAAUUUCAAUUACGUGCUUAUAUUUAUCAAGCUCGGGAUUUAUUAGCCGGAGAUUCUAAUGGAUUAUCAGAUCCUUUUGCUCGAGUUGCUUUCCUAAAUAUGAGUCAGGAGACGGAAACAAUUAGUAUGACGUUAUGUCCAACCUGGGAUCAGACAUUAAUUUUCGAUAAUGUUGAAAUAUUUGGAAACACGGAAGACAUAAUGCUAAACCCACCUCCAAUUGUAAUAGAAAUAUUUGAUUACGACAAAUUUGGAUCUCCGGAGUAUUUGGGUCGUACUAUGGUAUCCCCAAUGGUCAAAUGGAAUCCAAAUGAGGCCCGGACACCCAAGUUGGCAUGGUGUAAAAUAGAGAGAUCAAACGAAUAUGGCGGAGAAUUAUUAGCAGCUUUUGAGUUGCUAUUGGAUGAAGGAGCUGAUCUUCCUUUUGCGCCUACGAAAAAAGAUAACGUUUAUAUAGUACCUCCUGGUAUUCGACCAGUUCUCCGAAGAACUGCAAUUGAGGUAUUAUGUUGGGGAGUAAGAAAUCUGAAGAGAUAUCAUUUGCUUGACGUACACUCGCCUAGUAUUGAGUUAGAAUGUGGUGGCAACAUUCAAAAAUCAGCUACUAUUAAACAUGUUAAAAGAAAUCCAAAUUUUAGUGAUCCUGUUAUCUUUUUUGAUAUAAUGUUACCAAAGGAAGAAAUCUAUACUCCUCCUAUGAAUAUACGUGUUAUUGAUCAUCGAGCCUUUGGCCGAAAACCAAUUGUUGGCGUCUGUGUUCUUAAAAGACUAAUGGACUAUCAGUGUGAACCAGCUACUAGCUCAGACGAUGUACCAGAAUUGCCUGAUGGCUGUGAGUGUAAAGUAUUGAUAUUAACUGCUACCUUGUGUUAUAAUAUAGCACUCUUGUAUAAAGAUACACCUAAGCAAAAGGAAGAGACAGAUUGGUGGUGUAAAUAUUAUGCUUCACGCCCUCAUUCCGACGAAAUUCGUAAAGCAGGUGAUUAUCUUGAACGCGGAUAUUAUACUAUAAAGAUCUUUGAUUGCGAACUAGAAAAGCAAGACGAAUUUCAUGGCUUUCAAGAUUUGAUUCAAUCAUUUAGUCUGCAUCGUGGUAAAAAUAAGAAAGGUAGCCGAGAAGAUGAUGAUGCUACUACAGUGGGAGAAUUUAAAGGGAGUUUCAGGGUUUAUCCUUUACCAGCGGAUCCAAACAUCACCCUACCUCCUAGAAUUUUUCAAAGUCUACCACCAAGUAAUGUAGUACACUGUACAGUCAGAAUUUACAUAAUUAGGGCCUUCGACUUAUCGCCGAAAGAUGCCAGUGGUUUGUCAGACCCAUACUGUAUUGUAUCGAUUGGUAAAAAUAAGAUUAAAGAUCGAGAAAAUUACAUAGCAAAUGAUUUAAAUCCAUUGUUUGGAAGAAUGUUUGAAUUAUCAUGUCAAUUGCCUUUGGAGAAGGACCUUAAAGUAUCCAUUAUGGAUUGGGACCUAAUUAGUAAAGAUGAUUUAAUUGGAGAAACAGUAAUUGAUUUGGAAAAUCGGUACCUUUCCAGAUAUAGAGCCACGUGUGGUUUGCCCAAAAAUUACUGCACUUCUGGAAUCAACCAAUGGCGGGAUAGUCAAACUCCCAAAGAAAUUCUUGAUGCCUGGUGUGAAUCUCGUGGGCUACCGGCUGUUCGUUAUAUCAGCAAUACGCAGUUAUUAAUGGAUGGAAGAAUAUAUUCUCUAGAUGAUUAUGAGCAAAAUAUCAAACAGCACGAGCACUUAGGGCCUGCUGAUCAGCGAUUAGCAUUACACGCUUUAUUAUCUCAAACCGUUGUUCAGGAACAUAUCGAAACAAGACCCUUAUAUAGUCCUUUGCAGCCUCUUAUCGAACAAGGUCGACUACAAAUGUGGAUAGAUAUAUUCCCAAAAGAACUAGGAACUCCGGGUCCUCCGUUCGAUAUAUCACCACGUAAACCGAAACUGUACGAGUUGCGUGUCAUAAUUUAUAAUACUUCUGCUGUUAUCCUUAACGACAAAUCUAUAACUGGUCAACAAAUGUCUGAUAUUUACGUAAAAGGUUGGAUUCGUGGAAUCGACAAAAAAGCAAAAACCGACGUCCACUAUAGAUCACUGGAUGGCUCUGGCAACUUCAACUGGCGUUUCAUAUUUCCAUUCGAUUAUAUGCCUGCUGAAAAAUGCUUGGUGAUUAGCAAAAAGAAACACUUUUGGAGCUUAGAUAAAACAACACAAAUGAUACCACCUGUACUGCAGGUUCAAAUCUGGGAUAACGAUCUAUUUUCUCCGGAUGAUUACUUAGGCACUUUAGAGUUAGAUUUAAAUUCUCUUUGCAAGCCUGCAAAAUCCGAUAAAAAAUGCGGUUUAAAGCAAUUGCCAGAUUGGGAAGAUCGAUCAAACGCAAAAGACAUGGUUUCUCUAUUUGAAAUGAAGCAAAUGCAUGGUUGGUGGCCACUCGUCAAUGAAGAUACCAAGAAUCGUCAGCUGACGGGAAAAAUUGAAAUGUCAAUUGAAAUAUUAACUGCUGAAGAAGCCUCUCUAAAGCCUGCUGGCAUUGGUCGUAGUGAUCCCAAUGCCCAUCCUCAUCUUGAUGCGCCAAACCGACCAGCUACUUCAUUCUUAUGGUUUACAUCACCGCUUAAAUCUUGUCGCUUUAUUGUCUGGCCGAAUAUUCGAUACUAUUGUUGCAUUGCUGUAUGCAUUCUCAUCUUGGUAAUAUUCGUCUUAGUUUUUAUCUAUGCGAUCCCGGUGAGUGAGUAA